AUGUGUACCUUUUCAUCCUUCCAACUGAUAGCCUCCCAUCACUGGAAGAAAGGAGCUGCCGUGACCUCACUCAAAGCUUUGAACGCUUCGGUUUCCGAUUCGCUUCCAGAUUCCACCGAAGCUCUCUGCCAAUUGUUAGCCGGCUUCACCAGACAUAUGCUUGGUUUCAACGAGUUGACAAAGGCUUAUCCGCCGGAACCCACUCCUGACGAACUCUGCCGACUUCGUCCUCUCACUCGGGAUGACAUAAUGUCCGAUCGCGCUGUUUUCACAUCAAAUCCAACUCAUGUUAUUGUUAGAGACAGCGACGCUAAAUUGGAGCGAUUUAAGGCUCUAUUUCUUGCUGACUUGCAAAAGCACGGUAUCAAUCAAAUUACUUUUGAUUGGAAGUCUCCUGAUAGAGAUCCUUGGAACCGUACCAUGGCACUCUUUUUGGUCAAGCAUUGGCAAUACGCCAAGUCAGAAGGUGCCUUCCCCAAGCAAUCAAUCUCUUCCGAUGAUUCCACCGAGAAAGUAUGCAUUGGCAUCGUACAUCGAUGGAUGCGUGGAACGGCCACCGAUAUACGACAAGGGCGCCGAUCUCCCCAAAAGCUUCUACGGAAAGAGACCGGCCGUAAAAAAAUCGCGCUCUUCAAGUAUCGUCUCCGUUCGAUGUCUGCUCUUGCAAAGGCAGAAAAACUCGGAGAUGAGGCUACAAAACUGCUGCCUCAUCACGACUGCUGUUCAGACACGGAGUGGCAGCCCGAAAACACCCAUCACCCCGCAGUUGGCCUUAUCUGGCGUAGUCAAGAAUUCACUUCGGUGCUCCAUCAACUCGAUGAAUUAUCUGAGAAGUACAGCUCUUCCACAAAGGGUCCAUUGAUCACAUCACGGCGAUUUGAUCAAUGUCGCACUGUGGCGACUACGACUAAUGCAAGCGCUCCGGUCUGCAGAGGUCUACCUGAAAAUUGUUAUGAGCCGGUUUGGUUAUCAUCAUUGACCGCUGAGGAGAAGGUGUCUCUUCAAAUCAAGCCAGUUUCGACCCUCUUGAAUACCUUACCAGUUCACAUUAAGAAAAAUCUUGUUUAA